AUGCGGCCGCUGACGAUCGGAUUUCUGGUUGCCCUUGUGGUGGCGCUGGGCGUGGCCCUGGCCAUUCAGCGCUAUAGUCCGUUUUCCGGCUGCUCGCGCGAUCCCGGCCCGGGGGUGGACUGGAGCGGCUGCAACCGCCAGGCGCUGGACCUCAGCGGGCGCGAGCUGACGGGCAUGAUCCUGGCGCAGGCCGACCUGUCGCGUUCGACCCUGGCCGGGGCGGACCUGCGCGAGGCCGAUUUCACCCGGGCCCGCCUGCAUCGCGUCGUGUUUGACACGGCCGACCUGCGCGACGCCGUCUUCGACCGCGCCGAGGGGCCGCGCGCCAGCUUCGGCGACGCCGAUCUGCGCGGCGCCGAUCUCUCCAAGGCGAUCCUGCCGCGCAGCAGUUUUCUCGGCGCCGAUCUCAGCGGGACCGACCUGACCAAGACGGAUUUGCAGCGCGCCGAUCUGCGCGGCGCGCUCCUGGUCGAGACCGAUCUGCGCGAGGCGCUGCUGAUCCGGGCCGACCUGCGCCGGGCCCGGAUCGAGGGCGCGAGCUUCGAGGAGACGCACCUGACUCUGGCCGACCUGCGCGGUCUCGACCUGAGCGCAGCGCGGGACCUGACGGCCGAGCAGUUGGCCGAGGCCUGCGGCGACGCCGCCACCCGUCUGCCGCCGGGGCUGGCGGCGCCGGCGGCUUGGCCCUGCCCCUCGAUGGAGGAGGGGCAGGAGCCGACCGCGCCGGCGAUCCUCGGCCUGCGGGCAUCGGCCGAAGAUCGCCAGCCCAAGGGUCUUCAGAAGGUAAACAGCUUGGUGGCCGGGUCCAUCAUCUUGUCGGCGAUGGUAGAUGGCGCAGACCUCCACCGUCGCGCCCUUGGCGAGCAGGGCGUCCAGCAGCGAGCGCACGGUCAUCCCCUUCGGCGUGACCACCUCCGCCGUGGCGGGCGGCGGCGCGGCCAGCGCGAUGUCGCCGGCGGGCCCGCAGAGCAGCAGGUCGACCUGGCUGCCGGCGCCGGCCACCUGGUUGGACAGGACCAGCGCCAUGGCCUGGGUCUCGCUGUUGUCCGAGGUGAUCACGGUGAGCAGCUUUUCGGCCGCCUGGGCGCCGGCGGGCAGGGCCAUCAGGCCGGCGACGGCCGCCGCCGCGGCCGUGUUGCGAAACUUCGUCAUGCAGCGGGCACUCCUGGGUUGGUGAAGGCGGAUCGGCGCGGAGGGCCGAUCCCGCGACAGGCUGGCGCCGCCGCGUUUCCGGCUGUGUCCACGUCCGCUUCGUCCGCCGCGCGCACCAAUCUCUCCGUCAAUGGCUCCCGCUUCUGGGAUACGAUCGAGGUGUCCGCCGGAAUCGGCACCGGUCCCGAGGGCGGGCUGCGCCGGCUGGCGCUGGGCGAGUCCGAUCGCGAGAUGCGCGACCGCUUUAUCGCCUGGUGCGAGGCGGCGGGCUACGGCGUCACGAUCGAUCGCCUGGGCAACGUCUUCGCGCGCCGGCCCGGCACCGACGACAGCCUGCCGCCGGUGGUCAUCGGCAGCCACCUGGACACCCAGGCGGCGGGCGGGCGCUUCGACGGCAUCGUCGGCGUGCUCGGCGGGCUGGAGGUGCUGCGCAGCCUGGACGACCUGGGCAUCGAGACCCGGCGCCCGGUGGAGGUGGUGAACUGGACCAACGAGGAGGGCGCCCGCUUCACGCCGCCGAUGCUCUCCUCCUCGGUCUUCGCCGGGCUGCGCGAACUGGACUGGGCGCUGGCCCGCGAGGACGACGCCGGCGUCACCGUCGGCGCGGAGCUGGCGCGCAUCGGCUAUGCCGGCCAGGCGCCGGUCGGCGGGCGUGCGCUCGACAGCUACUUCGAGAUUCACAUCGAGCAGGGCCCGCGGCUGGAGGCCGAGGGCUUUCCGGUGGGGCUGGUCACCGGCGCCUACGUGGCGCGCGGCAUGGUCAUCAAGGUCGACGGCGAGAACGCCCACUCCGGGCCGACCGCCAUGCAGCUUCGCCAGAACGCGCUCGUCGGCGCCGCCAUGGUCGCUGUCGCGGUCAACGAGGUGGGCUGGCGCUAUUCCUGGUGUGACGCCAAGUCGACCGUGGCGCGGCUGGAGGCCUGGCCGAACAAGCCGGGCAUUCUCUCCGACGAGGCCAAGGUCUUCGUCGACUUCCGCAGCCCCGACGCCGAGACCACCGCGCGCAUGGAGGCGGAGAUCCGCGCCGCGCUGCCGGACGCCGCGCGCCGCAGCCAGUGCCGGAUCGAGGUGGCGGAGGACUGGACCUUCGGCGACCUGGCCUUCGACACCGAGCUGCUCGACCUGGUGCGCGACACCGCCCGGCGGCUGGAGGUGCCGCUGCUGGAGCUGCCCAGCCAGGCCGGCCACGACGCCUACAACCUCUCCAAGCUCUGCCCGACGGUCCUGAUCUUCACCCCCUGCAAGGGCGGCGUCACCCACAACGAGAAGGAGGACACGACCCUCGAGGAGCAGCUUCCGGGCCUCAACGUCCUGCUCAAUGCCGUGCUGAGCGUGGCCUUGGAUGUUCGGGAUGUCGGGCACGGACGGGGGCGUGCCUGGGCGGUCCAUCUGGGGCUGCUGGCGGCUCUGGCCGUAUUGCCGGUGCUCUGGCCGGCGCUCGGCCCGGCGCCGGCCGUGGCCGCCGAACAGGCCGACGCGACGGCGGAGGAGGCCGGCGUGGUUCGGCUGCCCGGUCUGGUGGUCACGCUGCCCUUCGCCGAGCGCGAGCGGCGGCCGCUGCGCCGCGCCGUGCUCGCCCUCAAGCUGCAUGUGAGCGAGGCGUGGGCCGGGCCGCCGGAGCUGACCCCGACCUCGGGCCAGGCCGCGAAGCUGCUCGACCGGCUCAACCUGCUGCUGCAUGCCGAGGGGUUCGGGCAGGCCAGCGAACCCUGCGAGGAGCCGGAGUUGCGCGCGACCAUCGAGACGGCGGCGCGGCAGGUCUAUGGCGAGGUGGUGGAAGAGGUCGAGAUCGAGCGGCUGGAGCUGCGCUGA